AUGGUUGGGGAGAAAGAAGAAGAGAAGUGGAAGAAGAACGGUGCGGAUGUGGGGAAUCAAUGUAUUCGUGCCUCAGGCACGCAGUAUCGCGACUCUCGGUUCAAGUUUGGAGAAAUGCCUUGGACAGCCCUAUAUAUCCAGGAACUAAUCACAGCGGAGAAGAGUAUUAUGAUUCUUGCUACUUAUCCAGCUGAGAUCUGGGUUUCUCCCUGA